UAUCUAUUUUAUUCUAGAAGUCUGCUACAAAGGAAGAAAAAAAAGUAAGCUUACACUUCAGACUGCUUUUUGAAUAUCUUUCUAAUACAGUGGUGUUCCAGAAGAUGAUAAAGAAAUGAUAGCAGCUCCAGAAAUACCAACUGAUUUUACUCUCCUUCAGGAGUCUGAAACACACUUCUCUUCUGAUACAGACUUUGAGGAUAUUGAAGGAAAAAACCAAAAACAAGGCAAAGGCAAAACCUGUAAAAAAGGAAAAAAAGGACCAGCAGAGAAGGGAAAAAGUGGUAACGGAGGAGGGAAACCUGGUGGUCCGAAUCGGAUGAAUGGACAUCACCAACAGAAUGGUGUGGAAAACAUGAUGCUCUUUGAAGUAGUUAAAAUGGGCAAGAGUGCUAUGCAGUCUGUAGUGGAUGACUGGAUAGAGUCAUACAAACAUGACCGAGAUAUAGCACUUCUUGAUCUCAUUAACUUCUUUAUUCAGUGUUCAGGCUGCAAAGGAGUUGUUACAGCAGAGAUGUUCCGUCAUAUGCAGAAUUCUGAAAUAAUCCGAAAAAUGACUGAAGAAUUUGAUGAGGAUAGUGGAGAUUAUCCACUAACUAUGGCUGGCCCCCAGUGGAAAAAGUUCAAAUCCAGUUUUUGUGAGUUCAUUGGAGUACUCGUCCGACAAUGUCAAUAUAGCAUCAUAUAUGAUGAAUAUAUGAUGGAUACUGUCAUUUCACUGCUUACGGGGCUGUCAGACUCACAAGUCAGAGCGUUUCGGCACACUAGCACACUGGCAGCCAUGAAACUGAUGACUGCUUUAGUGAAUGUGGCAUUAAAUCUAAGUAUUAACAUGGACAACACACAGCGGCAGUAUGAAGCAGAACGAAAUAAAAUAAUUGGGAAACGAGCUAAUGAUAGGCUGGAACUCUUACUACAGAAGAGAAAGGAGCUUCAAGAAAAUCAGGAUGAAAUAGAAAACAUGAUGAAUGCAAUAUUUAAAGGUGUUUUUGUGCAUAGAUACCGAGAUGCAAUUGCUGAAAUAAGAGCCAUCUGCAUUGAGGAGAUCGGAAUAUGGAUGAAAAUGUACAGUGAUGCCUUUCUCAAUGACAGCUACUUAAAAUAUGUGGGGUGGACUAUGCAUGACAAGCAAGGAGAAGUAAGACUUAAAUGCCUAACUGCUUUGCAAGGGCUUUACUAUAAUAAGGAGCUUAAUUCCAAAUUGGAGCUCUUCACCAGUCGGUUCAAGGAUAGAAUUGUCUCUAUGACUCUUGACAAAGAAUAUGAUGUUGCAGUCCAAGCAAUAAAAUUACUCACUCUUGUUUUACAGAGUAGUGAAGAAGUUCUGACUGCAGAAGACUGUGAAAAUGUCUACCACCUGGUUUAUUCAGCUCAUCGGCCAGUAGCAGUUGCUGCAGGGGAAUUUCUUUAUAAAAAGCUUUUCAGCCGCAGAGAUGCUGAAGAUGAUGGAAUGCUGAAGAGGAGAGGAAGACAAAGUCCAAAUGCUAAUCUUGUGAAGACAUUAGUGUUUUUCUUUCUGGAAAGUGAAUUGCACGAACAUGCUGCUUAUCUUGUGGACAGCAUGUGGGACUGUGCAACAGACCUCUUGAAGGACUGGGAAUGUAUGAACAGUCUUCUGCUGGAGGAGCCUCUCAAUGGAGAAGAACCUUUAACAGACAGACAGGAAAGCGCACUGAUUGAAAUAAUGCUUUGUACAAUUCGGCAAGCGGCUGAAUGUCAUCCUCCUGUGGGAAGAGGAACAGGGAAAAGGGUGCUGACAGCAAAGGAAAAGAAAACCCAGUUGGAUGACAGGACAAAAAUUACUGAGCUUUUUGCAGUGGCACUUCCUCAGUUGCUAGCAAAGUAUUCUGUAGAUGCAGAAAAAGUCACCAACUUACUGCAGUUGCCACAGUACUUUGAUUUGGAAAUUUAUACAACAGGGCGAUUAGAAAAGCAUUUGGAUGCCUUACUGCGACAAAUCCGGGAUAUUGUGGAGAAGCACACAGAUACAGAUGUUUUGGAGGCUUGUUCAAAAACCUACCAUGCUCUCUGUAAUGAAGAAUUCACAAUCUUUAACAGGGUUGACAUUGCAAGAAGUCAGUUAAUAGAUGAAUUGUCAGACAAGUUUAAUCGACUUCUUGAGGACUUCCUGCAAGAGGGGGAGGAACCUGAUGAAGAUGAUGCAUAUCAAGUCUUGUCAACACUGAAGAGAAUCACUGCUUUUCACAAUGCUCAUGACCUAUCAAGAUGGGACUUGUUUGGCUGCAACUACAAGCUAUUAAAAACUGGCAUUGAAAAUGGAGACAUGCCAGAACAGAUUGUUAUUCAUGCACUGCAGUGUACUCAUUAUGUAAUCCUUUGGCAGCUAGCAAAAGUUACUGAAAGCAGUUCCACAAAGGAGGAUCUUCUACGUCUAAAGAAGCAGAUGAGAGUGUUCUGUCAGAUCUGUCAACACUACCUGACCAAUGUAAAUACUGCUGUUAAGGAACAGGCUUUCACAAUUUUGUGUGAUGUGUUGAUGAUCUUCAGCCAUCAGAUUAUGACAGGAGGACGUGACAUGUUGGAGCCACUUGUUUACACUCCUGAUUCUUCUUUGCAAUCUGAACUACUCAGUUUUAUUUUAGAUCAUGUCUUCAUUGAUCAGGAUGAUGAUAAUAAUAGUGCCGAUGGACAGCAGGAUGAUGAAGCCAGCAAAAUUGAAGCAUUGCACAAAAGAAGAAACCUACUUGCAGCUUUCUGUAAGCUCAUUGUAUAUACUGUGGUGGAAAUGAACACAGCUGCGGAUAUUUUCAAGCAAUAUAUGAAGUAUUACAAUGACUAUGGUGAUAUUAUUAAAGAAACAAUGAGUAAAACAAGACAGAUAGACAAAAUCCAGUGUGCUAAAACACUUAUUCUUAGUUUGCAGCAGCUCUUCAAUGAAAUGAUUCAAGAAAAUGGUUAUAAUUUUGACAGAUCAUCACCGACAUUUAGUGGCAUAAAGGAACUUGCUCGACGUUUUGCUUUAACAUUUGGAUUGGAUCAGUUGAAAACAAGAGAAGCUAUUGCUAUGUUACACAAGGAUGGUAUAGAAUUUGCUUUUAAGGAGCCUAAUCCACAAGGUGAGAGCCACCCACCAUUAAAUUUGGCAUUUCUUGAUAUUCUCAGUGAGUUCUCCUCGAAACUUCUCAGACAAGACAAAAGAACAGUAUAUGUUUACUUGGAGAAGUUCAUGACCUUUCAGAUGUCUCUGCGAAGAGAAGAUGUGUGGCUUCCUCUCAUGUCCUACCGAAACUCUUUAUUAGCUGGUGGGGAUGAUGAUACCAUGUCAGUGAUUAGUGGAAUCAGUAGUCGAGGCUCUACAGUAAGAAAUAAGAAGACAAAGCCAGCAACAGGCAAGCGGAAAGUACCUGAAGCUGAAGAAAGCAGCAGUAGUGACAGUAUGUGGCUGAACAGGGAGCAGUCAAUGCACACACCAGUUAUGAUGCAGACACCUCAGCUCACUUCCACGAUAAUGAGGGAACCCAAGAGAUUGCGACCUGAUGAGAACUACAUGGGUGUCUAUCCUAUGCAGCCUGAGCAUCACCAACCGCCGCUCGACUACAACACGCAAGUAACGUGGAUGUUGGCUCAAAGGCAACAGGAAGAAGCCGCGCGACAACAACAGGAGAGGGCAGCGAUGAACUACGUCAAGCUGAGAAGCAACUUACAACACGCCAUUCGACGUGGCACAAGUCUAAUGGAAGAUGAUGAAGAGCCAAUUGUUGAAGAUGUGAUGAUGUCAUCAGAAGGGCGGAUUGAAGAUCUUAAUGAAGGCAUGGAUUUUGACACCAUGGACAUAGACCUACCACCGUCAAAGAACAGGAGAGAAAGAACAGAACUGAAACCAGAUUUCUUUGACCCCGCUUCAAUCAUGGAUGAAUCGGUAGGUUAACUUAUGUAAGGGGAAAGUAAUGUAAAUCAGUCUUAAGGUUGCCAUACUCUCUUCAGAUUUUAAAUGGAAGGAAUGCAAUCUUCAGGUUGCCAUUGUUAUAGAUUAUUUUGACAGACUGGUACAGUAAGUCAGCUCCAUACAUUCUAGGAUAGUCAGUGUUCCUUGCAAGUUUAUAGGAUUUUUGUUCUUAAUAUCUGUAUAUAGUUAUGUAAAAAUUAAAAGCCUAUGAUUCUGAGCAGAAAACACAUCUGUUAUGGAAAAGACCCUUGCAAAGGCUGGUAGCAAAGAGCAUUAAAAAAAAAAAGAAAUGUGCAUACAUAGUAUUAAAGGCAAGUUUCCUGUUGUGCUGAGCUUAGUUCAGUGACUCUGAUGUCAUUAUGAAAUGUCAGCUUUAGGUAGUUUGCAUUUUGUGGUUUGGUUUUCGUUAUUUUUUUUUAAUUGGCAUGUUUACUUUUGUGCAUAAGUAAGAUAAUGGAGAAAUAAGAGAUAAUACAGAUAUCUGUUUAUAGAGAUGAGAGGUAUUUUUUCUUUCCAUAUGAAGUUUUAGGUCCAAAACAUCCGAAGUCUGUAGUUUCUGCUUGCAGUUGCCCUUUUAUCCGACUUGGUAAAUCUGCAGUCUCUAUUCUCUUUUAAAAAUCUGCAUGAGGGAUUCCUUCUGUCUUGAACCACUUGUAAAGUAUGCAGCCAUUUUUGACCUUGGGUAGCUGGUACAAAAUUACACUGGAAAUAACAAGCUGCAGCAAGCCAGCAGAGGACAGUACAACAAGGCUUCCUGGGAAUCUUGGACAGCUUGGUGGAAUUUGGAAGAUGGUUAUGUAUUUUUUUUACAGUAUUGUUGCAGCAUGAACCUGUUUAUGGGAGAAAGAAGUCCUAAAUACUGUUUUAAAUGCAAAUCCAUAUAUUUUGUACCAAUAGGGCUUUGCUUUAGUAAUAAUGAAUCAGUUAGGUUGUGUGUCUGGCUGUUGUGUGUUCUGUUCCUGAAGUAACACCAAGAAAAUAUCUCGCCUGUUCUCUGACAUUGUUUUACAAUAGUACUUCCCCUCCUCGAUUUUUCCUGGACUGAUCUGUGAAGUACCAGUCACUUCUUAGUCUGACAGUGCUGAAACCUUGGCCCUCUCCAGGUUGCAUUGAAUUGAUUUGAGGACCCUUUUAGCUUUCCAGCUCUAGCAGUAGCUGGGAGCGCUGUAGCAGGUUGAGUUUCCCGGGCGGCCCCGCUGUGCCGCGGGCGCAG